AUGGUCCCUAGUAUAGGUCCAAAAGAAAAGACAGUAUAUGACUUUUGGUCCAUGGUUUGGCAAGAGUACGUAAGGGUCAUUGUGUGCUUAACAACCCUAUCUGAUGGAGUAAAGAUUAAAUGUGCUCAGUACUGGCCAGAUACAAACAAAAUAAUGAAAAUUGGACACUUUACUAUCCGUACUAAGAAUGAAAAAGUGUAUGCCAAUUAUACAAUAAGACGCAUUUAUGUAAAGAAGGGCCAGAAAGAAUUAAUGGUGAUGAUGUGUCAUUACACACAAUGGUCAGACCACGAUAUUCUAGAGCCACUCUGCCUUGUGACUUUCCAUCGCCAUGUGUUGAAGAUUUCUGAAUCAUAUCUUGGGAAUUUUAUUCUUGUGCACUGCAGGCAUUAAUUAUUUCUUAAUGCUCUCUCUCUCUCUCUCUCUUUCUCUCUCUCUCUCUCAGUAAAAGCUGAUACAUGUAAAACUUGUUUGUUUUCUAAUUAUAAUUCCAGCGCUGGAAUAGGACGUACUGGAACUUUCAUUGCUUUGGACGCCCUCUAUCGAGAAGGUUUAAAAUCAGGGAAAGUUAAUGUACCAAAGUAUGUAGAAACCAUGAGAAGGAACAGGAUGAACAUGGUACAA